AUGCCUCGUGCAGUACGAGAUUUACUUCAAAACGAUGUUUCAUACGACGAACCUGAUCGGAUGCCCGAUAAAAUAACCAUAACAAACUUGGACAUUCUAUUGUAUACUUUUGCGAUUGUUGGCCAUUUCGUCGACCUGGGGCUGGAUAUAAAUGUUGCUAUAAGAUAUUUCUUUGCUAAAAAGAUGAUGGAGUUUGGUUGGACCAUUGCUUUUAUACUUCUACCAGCGUUUGUAAACACUGCAGUAUCUAUAAGGAUGUAUUCACAGGAUAAACAGCAGGAUUCUGUUUCCAACGAGUUUACUAAGAGACGUUGUUUGCGUGUAAUUAUUUUGGUGCUGCAACUGGCACCUAUCCUGCGAUUUACUGAUGCGUUAAUUUCACCAGCUGUUGUCGAUGUGUUCGUCUCUGGUCGGUAUGAGCUGGUGCCUGGCAGCGUACCAGCGCGCGGUGAGGUACGCUCAACAGGACAAAUACAACAUGAGCUGGUUCGGCUCCGGACUGCAGACUGUUUACCAUUAUUUACUAACAUGUAAGUAUUCACAAUGCUAUAUAUAAAUCCUCCUUAACCAUCCAUAAGGAAGGCCUGAGCCCCUGCAGUGGGGACGUAAAAGGGCUGGUGAUGGUGAUGUGAUAUAUAAAUCAUCUAAUUUAGAAAGUUGAUAAUUUUGCGACUUGUAUUAAAAGGCAUAAUUAAUGUCCUGGUCCUGGGCCGACCCUGGCUUGGGGCCGCCAAUAAUAGUAUAAAAUAUUGUGUGCCAUAAGACUAAUAAUGAUCUACAAAUCCGUCUCUAGAUAUAAAUAUUCCAAUGGAAUAUUUUAUUUUUAUAUGUCGGUCGAGGUUUUACUAA